AUGUAUUACAAAACCAUCAUCUUCUCCCUCUUCAUCACCCUCGGGCUCAGCCUCCCCAUCUUCCCCGUCGCCCGCCCAUACAUCCCAAGCGGCAUAGGCACCCUCCCCCUCAUUACCACCAGCGACUUCAUUGUCGCGCGGGCAAAGGACAACGAUGCAGACGACGGAGCUGUCAUCCCCGAGAAAUGGAGGCACACUCACGGCAAACUGUUUGAGGAAACCGAAGCAGAGAAGAGAUACAUGGGAGGAGAAUGUAGAGGGGAUAUCGCCUGUGGAAGCGAUGUUCAGGCCGUCAAGGAGGUGGUUCAGGAGAGGGAUUUGGGGGACUGCAAGGAGGGUAUAUGGGGUUGUUAA